AGUCCAAAGUGCCUCUCAACCUCAGAAGCCAGACGAACUCAACUUUCUCCCCCGACUUCCGGCCACACAUCGUCUCCGCCGUCUACUCUCAAUUGGAUUCCGGUCAUCUAUCGAUUUUAUUGAAUCGAAGUGGAAGAUGCCUCCGAAGCAGCAGUCGAAGGCAGAUUUGGCGAAGAAACAGAAGGUUGUUGAGGACAAGACGUUCGGAUUGAAGAAUAAAAACAAGUCGAAGAAUGUUCAGAAGUACGUGCAGAAUCUAAAGCAGUCAGUGCAGCCGAAGCCUGACGCCACCAAGAUUAACGCUCAGAAGAAAAAGGAGGAGGAGAAGGCUAGAGAGAAGGAGCUGAACGAAUUGUUUAAAGUUGCCGUGAAACAGCCCAAAGUCCCCCCUGGGGUCGAUCCUAAGUCAAUUGUGUGUGAGCACUUUAAGGUGGGGCAAUGUGCAAAAGGCUUUAAAUGCAAAUUCUCUCAUGACUUGAAUGUGCAGAGAAAAGGAGAGAAGAUAGAUCUCUUUAGUGAUAAGCGCGAUCAAGAGGAAUCCAUGGAGGAUUGGGAUCAAGAGACGUUGGAGAAGGUUGUCGAGUCCAAGAGUAAGGAAUAUAACAAGAAUAAACCUACAGAUAUUGUUUGUAAAUUCUUUCUGGAGGCAGUGGAGAAGAAGCAAUAUGGUUGGUUUUGGGUCUGUCCAAAUGGUGGUAAAGAUUGUAUGUAUAGACAUGCUCUUCCUCCUGGAUACGUCCUAAAAUCUCAGAUGAAAGCUCUUCUAGAGGAAGAGAGAGACAAGAUACCCAUAGAGGAGGAAAUAGAAAACCAGCGUGCUAAGGUAGCUACUACGACUCCUAUGACCCCGGAGUUAUUCAUGGAAUGGAAGAAGAAAAAGGUGGAGGAGAGAGAAGCAGGCCUAGCUACGCAGAGAGCAGAGAGAGCUAAAAAUGACAGGAUGAGUGGUCGUGAACUGUUCCUCAUGGAUGCUAGCUUGUUUGUUGAUGAUGCUGAAGCUUAUGAUAAAUACCAAAGAGAAGAACCAGACGAGGCUCAAAAGGCCAACAAAGAUGCACCUGUGGACGGCCCAAGUUCUUCUAUGCACGCCAAGCAGGAUACAGAAAGUAAAGCUGACCAGGAUGAUUACGACGAUGAAGAUGACAUUGAUGAUGAUCUUGACCUGGAUGAGUUAGAUGAGCUCGAAGCUAGCCUUUCAAAAACAGCCUUAACAAUCAAUGAACACAGCUGAUUUACAGUCCUGGCGGAACAUUAUGCAUUGGGGUAUUGAAUUUGGAGGAUGCCAUAAUAUGGAGUUUUCCAUAGCCCCAAUAAUGCUAACACCGAGGAGCUCUUUGUCAUGCCAAAUUUGGUAAGAAUCUUCAAGGUUUUUUAUCUUCUUUCCUACGCAUGAUCAUCAGCUGUGUCUGUUUCAAUUAUUCCGAGCUGGCGUUGUUAUCUUCUUUCCUACCCAUGAAUUAUAUAUGCUUGUGAUAUUCCAGGUCAUUGUUACUUCCUGUUUUGAUAUGCCUGCUGAGUUUCAAAUAUUUAUUGGAUUUUGAUGAGGUGACUUGAAGAUGAUGUUUAACUUAA